GGCGGCCGCGGGGGCAUGGGGCUGUGCGGGGGGGGCUGGGCGCGCUGCGGGGCGCUGCGGUUGCGGCUGCCCGGGGCGCGGGGCCCGCUCUGGGCGCUGCGGCCGCCGGGCCGUGCGGGCGGGUGGGCGCCGCCGCGGGAGGCUGGGCACUGGGCGGCGGCGGGCGGGCCGGCCCCAGCCUCGGCCCCGCGGGGGGCCCGCGGGCUGCGGAGCUCCAACCCCUUCACCCGGCGGCAGGAGGAGGAGUGGCGGCGCCGGAACCGGUCGGCGCUGGCCUACAUCGUGGCCGCCGCCGUGGGCAUGGUGGGCAUGUCCUACGCGGCCGUGCCGCUCUACCGCCUCUACUGCCAGGCCACCGGGCUGGGCGGCACCACGGGCGCCGGGAGCGGCGCGGAGCGAGUCGCUAGCAUGGAGCCGGUGCGGCACCGCCGCCUCAGGGUCACCUUCAACGCCGACGUGCACGCCAGCAUCCAGUGGGAAUUCCGACCCCAGCAGAGUGAAAUCUACGUGGUACCAGGAGAGACCGCACUGGCGUUUUAUAAAGCGAAAAAUCCUACUGACAAACCAAUAAUUGGAAUCUCUACCUACAACGUCAUACCCUUUGAAGCAGGACAGUAUUUCAAUAAAAUACAAUGUUUUUGUUUUGAAGAACAGCGAUUAAAUCCUCACGAGGAAGUGGACAUGCCUGUCUUUUUCUACAUUGAUCCAGAAUUUGUAGAGGACCCUAAGAUGGCUAAAGUUGAUUUGAUCACCCUCUCUUACACUUUUUUUGAAGCAAAGGAAGGACAGAAAUUACCACUUCCUGGAUAUCAGUAAUGGGCAAACUCUACACAAUUUGACUUCUGCUACCUGACUACCAGUUUCAAAACCAUUUUUCCAUGGAAGGAAUAACUGCAGAGUACUGUGUAAUAUGAAAUUAUAUUAUUAAACCACCACGGGUACGUGGUGUUGUUAUGAAAGGGUGUAUUUCUUUUUAAAAAUCCAAACUUAGGUAGUUGGAAUAUUAUUUCUUCAUCAGACAAUAGAAGGGAACACUGUUGCUGGAAGAGAGGUUUUCUCAAGACAUCUUUUGUAAGAUGAUAUGUGUUGGCUGAAUAUUGUAAGACUAGACUGUAUUGCUAUGUAACACUCCUGUGGCACAGGAGGAUGUGAUGAUUCAGAAUAUGAUGCACCCUGUCGAAUUAUUACUGAAUCAGUAGUUCAUUUGGUAAGAGCAGAUUGCUCUAGAACUGUUAUAAUUUGAAUGAGGAACAGUAAUUUAAGUGUAAGCACAUCAGAUCUGUGGUAUGGUUUCCAUUUAGAAAGACUAUCUUCAAAUUUCAAUGUUGUGUUCAACUAAUUUAAAAUGUCUGUACUGCUAAUGACCGCUCUUCCACUCUGCAGAGGGCCGUAUGCUGGGCACCUCUACACAGAGACAGGCUCAGCUUAUGUAUGAAACGCGUAGAAGGGAGAGGCAGCACAUAAACAACUGUGCUAAAUUGCAGGCUCAAUUAACAGCAUGAAUUAACAUCAAAACCCAGAAGGAAAUCAGCCUCAUUCAGAGGUUAAGCCCCACAAAGCCUGCCCGGCAGCCUAUCGGUUUUUCAGAGGUACUCAUAGGUACUCUGUUUACCGUCAGAACACGUAAGCCUGUAUUUAUGUAACUUUUGGUCAUUAUCUGUAGGGAUAAUAACACUUUUAUCAUAGCUCUCUGCAAACGAGAAGCAAGUUGCAGAGCAAGUUUAAGUGACCUACUCGUUUUCAGACAGCCCAGUAUCUCAUCCCAUAUGCCAGUUCUUUCUACCCCUUUCAGCAGAUGAGAUCUAAUAAAGACUACUGUUGGUGUGUCUGGACUCUAAAAAGGCAAUGGGUAUAUCAGAAACAACUUACAGUCACUUUAGUCUCAAUUAUGUUUGUAUACAGUAAUUUAAAACCUGCUUUUUUGAAGAUAAAUGGAUACUAUCUUUAAAAUGCGUUACUGUACCAGUUGUGUGUGUUUAAAUAGAUUCUGGAUGACAUUAAUACAGUGAAGACCUGACAUGAAA